AUGUUCUCAAGGACGUUCCUCCGCUCAAAUUUCGCAAGGCAAGCCGUCCGGCCGGCGGCGCGCCCAAUCGCCUUCCGGGCCCCGCUCCCCUUCCUCACCCAGCACCGCCUCAUCUCCGACGAGACGAAGCAGGCCAUCGAGAACGCCGUCGGCUCCGCGCCCGUCGUGCUCUUCAUGAAGGGAACCCCCGAGACCCCCCAGUGCGGCUUCUCCCGCGCCUCGAUCCAGAUCCUCGGCCUCCAGGGCGUCGACCCCUCCAAGUUUGCCGCCUUCAACGUCCUGGCCGAUCCCGAGCUGCGUCAAGGUAUCAAGGAGUUCUCUGACUGGCCCACGAUCCCCCAACUCUACGUCGACAAGGAGUUUGUCGGCGGCUGCGACAUUCUCGUUUCCAUGCACCAGAACGGCGAGCUGGCCAAGCUUCUCGAGGAGAAGAAGGUCCUUGCCGAGACCGAGGGCGAGGGCGAGAAGAAGGAGUAA